CGCUCGCGCUGAGCCAUUCUCCGGAGCCCGUCCUCUGCUCUGCACUCCACAGCAAGAAGAGGAAGCUGCAGCUUUUCCUACAGACGCUGCCUUUCCGUGACCUGCUGCCGACACUUGUAGACCACAUAUUUUUUUUCCAGUCCAAGCACGCGUCAGAGGACCGGAGGAGCCGGCGUUCACCUGGACUCACUGCUGAACAGCCUUCCUGUUUCUUCCAAUUCCACCGGCUGCAAGAAGUAGUUCUUAUCACACAGCAGAGUGAGGAGAUCAAGAAGCGCGCUCCGAUUUCUGCAGCCAGACUGAAUCGGAGGAAACGGGCAGCACAGCAGAGGCUUUGUGUCUCUGCAAGUGAGACAAGAAGCAGCUGAACAUAUCAAAGACUGUGUGGACAAAGCUCUCCUCUGAAGCUCCCCGAAUCCAGCAGCCCGGGGCAGAAACCGAUCCGGCGCCCGCAGAGGAGAGGGAGGCUGACCGGAGGACCGGACUCCAGCCUGCAGGUGCUCAGGGCUGCCAUGGGUGGCGGAGGAGGCGGUGCGGCGGCUCCGUCCCGCCGGGGCCUGCUGUGGGCGUUCGGCGCCCUGUCGCUGGUGGCGCUGUGCUCGUCGGACCAGGCCAUCCGCUGCCCGGUGUGCUCGGAGGAGCGGCUGGCCAGCUGCCGGCUGCCGGACGGCUGCGAGGAGACGGUGCGCGAGCCCGGCUGCGGCUGCUGCCCCACCUGCGCCCUGCCCAAAGGGGCGCACUGUGGCGUGUACUCGCCCCGCUGCGGCACGGGCCUGCGCUGCUACCCGCCGCGCGGCGUGGAGCGGCCGCUGCACUCCCUGAUGCACGGCCAGGGCGUCUGCACCGACGAGAGGGAGGCGGAGGAGAACUCAGUGACAGAGCGGCAGGAAGAGAUCGUUCCCGAACAUCCCAACAACAGCAACAUCCGCUGCAGCCCGCAGGACAAGCGCUGCAUACAGAAGACUCUGGCCAGACACCCCCCCAAAUCCAUCAACCAGAGGAACAACGCAGCCCGAGAGGACGCCAAGCCGGUGCUGGCUCCGUGUCGUGCAGAGCUGCAGAGAGCGUUGGACCGGUUGGCAUCGAACUCUCGCACACACGAUGAUCUCUUCACCAUCCCCAUACCCAACUGCGACAAGAACGGAGACUUCCAUCCCAAACAGUGCCACCCUGCACGCGACGGCCAGCGGGGAAAGUGCUGGUGCGUGGACCAGAAGACGGGCAUGAGGCUGCCGGGGCCGCUGGAGCUGCGAGGCGAUCUGGACUGCCACCAGUUAAUGACCGCCACCCUGAGAGACUGAGGGGGGCCGGCGGGCGGAGGGGCGGGCGGAGCAGGACCAGCUGAAUUCUACUGGUGCUUAUUAGCAGAACUACAGGACUGAAGGACUCCAUCCUUCAGCCUCACUCUGCUGGGCCAGCGCUACUCCAGCUUCAACAAGGAAAACGUUGAAUUAUGUUCUUUUGAUGUUUUGUUUUUCUGUGUGUGUGUGUGUGUGUGUGUGUGUGUGUGUGUGUGUGUGUGUGUGUGUGUGUGUGUGUGAAAGAGCGAGCGAGUGAGAGAGGUAAAGAGACAGAGAGGGGGUAAGGAGAGAGAGAGCAUGUGAUCUUUUGAGCACUUGUGUUUCGUCGACAUGAACUUCAGAAUGACAGAUUUAAAAAACGUACGAUUUUAAUUAAAAGCUCGUAAACAAAAGAAGAAACGCCACAUCCACAUAAAAAAAAGACUUGUGAUCUCUGUGAAGAUGAAGACUGCUUUGUGUUUUUCUGGUCUAACUGGGAAGUGGGAAUGCUGUCAGACUGGGAACUUCUCACCAAUACUGUGGGAAUUUUCACGAAGUAAAUGAGUUAACGUUUGUACAUCUACUAUCUACUUGAGUCAGUAAUUCUUUCUUAGCGAUGCACUCUGUCAUAACCUAGCUUUAUUGUAAUUAGUAGUGUGUUUAAAAGUAAGUGGGAAGUUUAGACUUUAAAGCGGGGAAAGAUUCAUGUGAACAAUGUCAAAUUGGAAAUUCCUACCAAUAUAAGUUAUAGAUUGUAUUUCUUUAUGAUGCGCCUUGUAACAGCUGAUUUUUUAUUUUUGCAACUAAUGGCCAGUGGAUUUCACUGACCGAACUGUUUUCCACUUCAUGCUUCAUGUCACGCUCAGCCAUUCUCACAUGCCCCGGCGGUGAGGAACACUCGUGGACACUUUGACAUAUGGACGACCUUGGGAUGAAGGACAACCCGCUCUGACGGCGUGUCCAUAAUUAACUGAUAAUUAAUUCUGAUGAUUAAAAACGGUCAAACUAGGAGCUUUUGGUGCAUUCAUGGUCAACUGGGAAAGAGGUGAAUUAUGACUUGCGCCGAGGGAAUCUGUGUCUGGGAACUUCCCAGUAAGGUUCAGAACGUGUCGCUCUGCAUGGCAGCAGUGGGUCAUCUACACAAGAAAGUCAUACAUUUUACUGAUGCACUUUGUUUUUGCAUGGAUUCAUUGAGGAUUUAUUUUGGGAUAUUGGCAAAUGGGAAUUUUGAAAAAAAAAAAAAAAAAGUGGUCAAAAUGGGAACUUUUGGUGUGUUCUUUACAAACUUCCAUGAGGCAAAAUGCCAUGUGCUGACUGAAAAAUGGGACUUUGCCAAGUGGUUGUUCAUUGCACUAAUACAUUAUCCCCUUUGUGUUUUCGUCAGUCAGUGAAUGCACUGAAACUGGGAACAUUCCACUGGGAAACUGGGAACAUUCCACUAAGAAACUGGGAACAUCCUACUGGGAUCCAGUAUUAGCUGAUGUUGAACUCUGUAAUAAACCAACAUUUUCCAAAAUCCA